ACUGACACCGCUACAACGUGUUUUUAUCGCUGGCUGUCCAGACGGAAGGUGCUGAAACGCUUUGUCGCGUGUCUGGAAGAAGUGAAAACUUUCCUGGGCAGCAAAGGGCUCACCUUUCCUGAGCUGGAACAGCCAGAGUGGCUGGAAAAGCUACACUUCAUGGUAGACAUGACAGCGCACCUGAACACGCUGAACACAGCUCUUCAGGGGAAAGGACGCACAGCCCUGCACAUGUUGGAGGAUGUUUUGGCAUUCGAGUGCAAGUUGACGUUGCUUGCCAGAGAUUUACAGAAAGGCACUUUGUCUCACUUCCCCAAUUUGAGAGAGUUCAAACAAGGUCACGACAUGAUAAUUUCGGAGUAUUUACAUUCUGCAAUCAUCGCAAUGCAAACAUCGUUUGGGAAACGCUUCUAUGAGUUCAGAGAGGAAAAAAACACAUUAUCCUUCCCGGUCACUCCCUUAAGCAUCGAUCCUUCCCUACUGAAUACGACUGCAUUGGCAGGUGUGAGUCAACCUGAUCUUGAGAUGGAACUGGCCGACAUAGCCGACAAAGACAUAUGGGUGUCCAAGUUUAGACGCUUGACAGCAGACCUUGAAGAUGUUGCCCGUCAGAAGGCCGUUCUUGCUCAGAAACACAAAUGGAGUGAUAUUGAAAACCUUCCAAAACCGGACAAACUUGUGUUCGAAACAUGGAAUGCUAUGCCCGACAUUUAUGUAAACAUUAAAAAGUACGCGCUUUGAGUCCUGUCGAUCUUUGGAUCCACAUAUGUAAGUGAGCAGGUGUUCUCCAACAUGAACUUUAUUAAAAACAAUCAUCGUGCACGCCUCACAGAUGACAGCUUGCGAUCCUGUGUAAAGAUGAAGGUGACGUCAUACAGCCCUGAUGUGCAGACGCUGUGCGCUGAGGUCCAGGAGCAGAAAUCCCAUUAACCAAGCUGACAGCUGGCUGAUGUUAUUUUUGGUUUGCUGCUGGCGGAAAAUUUAAGUUCGGCGUUUUUCAUAAAUACAAGAAGGACUCAAAUAGACAUUGAAUAUUUUACUUAAAAGUAACUUUCAACCCAACGUCUUUUUUUCGGAGUUCAAAAUGUUUUUGUUGCAUGCAGAAAUGUAAUUUCGUUUUCUCUGCAGGAGUUCAUCAAUUUCAUAAAUGCAACACAUUAUAGUUUGUUUAUACAUAGCAUAAAGGCAAAAAAAAACGUUGUAUGCAGUGUUAUUUCAUUUUAAAUGUCAAACGGGUUUUGCGGCUCCCAGUGUUUUCUUUUCUGUGGGAAACGGGUCCA